UGUCAAUUGAAGAAUACACCGGCAAACAGACAAAAUGGCGAGAAAUGCGGAAAAGGCAAUGACAACUUUGGCACGCUGGCGCGCUGCUAAAGAAAUUGAAUCUGGCGAAAAGGAGCGUCGUCCAUAUCUGGCAUCUGAAUGCAAGGAUUUGCCAAAAUGCGAAAAGUUUCGCCUGGAGAUCAUCCGUGAAAUAUCUAAAAAGGUCGCACAAAUUCAAAACGCGGGUCUUGGCGAGUUCCGUAUUAGGGACCUCAACGAUGAGAUCAAUAAGCUGUUGCGUGAGAAACGGCACUGGGAGAAUCAAAUAUCUGCACUCGGUGGUCCUCACUAUCGCCGCUAUGGACCUAAAAUGUUCGAUGCGGAGGGUCGCGAAGUGCCGGGUAAUCGUGGGUAUAAGUACUUUGGUGCUGCCAAGGACUUGCCGGGUGUGCGUGAACUGUUUGAGCAGGAACCGCCACCUCCACCGCGUAAAACACGCGCCGAGCUGAUGAAAGACAUCGAUGCCGAAUAUUAUGGCUAUCGGGACGACGAGGAUGGCGUACUAAUUCCCUUGGAGGAACGUAUUGAGCGUGCCGCUUUACUGAAAGCCGUGCAAGAAUGGCGAGAGAAAAUGGCGCGUGACGGACGUAUUGUGGACGAGGAAGAAGAAGACGAUGACAUUUAUCCGCUUUCGGGGCCGGCGCGCGAAGCUGUGGAGGAUGCCAAGGCACGUGCUCUCGAAGAAGACCCCUUGGGCUUGCUCGCGCCCAGAUUCACCGCCCAUGUACCGGUGCCAACACAGAAGGAUGUACAGGAAGCGCUAUUAGAGAAGCGCAAACAGGAGCUAUUACAAAAAUAUGUAGGGGCUGUUACAAAAUAACAUUUCUUAAUUUUAAGAUUAAGUCUUGUAGAAUAGUCGUAAGUAAUUAUCACACAGAGAGUUGUUUUUGAAACAUUAUGACAAUCGUCUCCAUUUUAGCGUGCUGCGAACUUUCCACCCAGUUCUUUUAACUCGCGCAACACGAAAACUGUAAGGUCGGCACGAAUGCUUUAACUUUAAAAUUUAUAAAAUAAUUAUGUAAAAAAAACUAUUCGAAAGUAAUGUUGCAUCUAAACGUCCUAUACAAAUACAUUAUAAAUUUCUAUUUAAAAAA